CCAGUGAGUAGGCAGCUGAGCUGGCCCCACUGGGUAGCUGGGGGUGGAGUGUGUAGGACAAUACUCAACAGCUCAGGUUUAGCUCAUUGGCAACCUCCCUGGUACUCUACAAUGCCAAGAGGUUGCUCCUUUUAGCUGUGCACCAAUCCUGUCCAAGAGUUCCUGUCUUCAGCAUCCCGGCAUAUAUUCCUCUCACCUUCCCUGAUUGGUGUCAGAGCUGGAUGAUCCAAGGUUGAUGAUCCUGGACCAUGCUGACUUUCUCCUGCUGUCAAAUUGUGCUGGUAUUCUUGUUGCUGAGAGGUAUUGAGAAUACUCCUGCUCCAAAAGUCUGUGGCCAACCUAAAGUGCGCUCCCUCCGGAUUGUUGGAGGGCAGAAGGCCGAAGAAGGGGAAUGGCCCUGGCAGGUCAGUAUCCGACAACAUAGGCGACAUGUGUGCGGUGGAAGCCUCAUCUCACCCCACUGGGUGGUGACAGCAGCUCAUUGCUUUGAUGGGCCAUUGAAUCGAUUUAUGUACCGGAUAAACCUGGGAGAAUAUGAGCUGCCCAAACCUGCAGACACCAUGGUCUCCUCAGAAAUUGCUCAGAUCAUAGUGCACCCCUAUUAUGCAGGAGAUGGACUCAGUGGGGAUAUUGCACUGGUUCGAUUAAAAACGCCGGUCAGUUUCACCCGCACCGUUCUGCCCAUUUGCUUACCCUCUACAAAAGAUCCGGAACCCUUCCCUGUUGGGAUGUCAUGUUGGGUCACUGGUUGGGGAAGCCUCUAUCCAGAGGCCCCCUUCCUUACACGAACCCUGCAAGAGUUGGAGGUGCCAAUCCUUGAUGUAGAUAAUUGUGACAAAAUGUACCACAAUGACUCCAAUGCUGAAAGUGAGAGUGAUACUGUCCCAGAGGGCUACAAACUGAUCUAUGAUGAUAUGAUCUGUGCUGGGUUUCCAGAAGGGAAAAAGGAUUCCUGCCAGGGUGACUCUGGAGGUCCCCUGGCUUGCAAGCAGAACGAUACUUGGUACCUGGCUGGCCUGGUGAGCUUUGGGUUGAGCUGUUCAGAGCCCAACAGACCUGGAGUCUACACCCGAGUCACUUCCUACAUGGACUGGAUUCAGAGCACAAUGGAAAAGAACUCAGCUAGUGGUGUCCAUCUCCCUGCCAUCCUCCUAGUUCUGCCCAUUCUCCUGGGUAUUUUUCACGCUUGAACCCUUUAGGUUUAGUACUAAACCUGUUGGAAGUGCAAUCAAAAUAGAAGCUCAACAUCACAGCCAAUGUAGCAUUGUACCACACCAAAAAAAUUAAGUGAUGCCUAUAGCCAUGGCAUGGCUUUAUAUAUCCCCACUCAGUGCAAUGGGACUUAUUCCUAUAUCAAAGAGCACAUUCACAUGUGUCAUUGGUUUGUUACAAUGAUCUCAUCUGUUCUGGGAAUUACAUCUCAAAUAGAUAGCAGGCUAUAAAUUUCAAAAAGUCUUCCCACUUCCAUCCAGGUUGUCCACCUAUCCCAGCACUGCCACCAAUUGUAAGGACUCACCUUAGUCCACCACUAUGGUACUAAAUGUCAGGA